CUCAAGGCUUCUACAGCAAGGAAAUUGACACGUCGAGGUGUUAAUAUGGGUGAUUUGGCCGACGCAAAGGAAAUUAAAAAGACUUUCAUUGUUCCAACUAUUAAGUCUUUUGAGCAUUAUGAUUUCAACAGGGCUAAAAUCUCCUCAAGCCUAACAUGGCUAGUGACCAAAGCCUAUGGGACAGACAGUGUCCCGGGUGACUUGAAGGAGCCCUUCUACACUGACCAGUACGAGCAGGAGCACCUGAAGCCCCCGGUGGUGAGCUUGCUGCUGUCGGCCGAGCUGUACUGCCGCGCCGGGAGCCUGAUUCUGAAGAGCGACGCGGCCAAGCCUCUACUGGGCCACGAUGCUGUGAUCCAGGCGCUUGCCCAGAAGGGCCUGUACGUCACCGACCAGGAGCGGCUGGUCACGGAGAGGGACCUGAGCAAGAGGCCCAUCCAGAUGAGUGCCCACCUGGCCUUGAUCGAUGUGCUGAUGAUGGCCUACACGGUGGAGACGGUGAGCGUGGAGAAGGUGGUGGCAUGCCUGCAGCAGUACUCCACCAUGUACCCCGACGGAGACACGCCCUACGACACAGAGGACGCCAUCACCAGCUGGAUGAAUAAGGUGAACGAGUAUCUGAAGGACAUCAUCAUGCAGGAGCAGCGGCGGAGGGAGAACCAGAGCGCAGAGCCUGCUGGGAGUCCACGGUCUCCAACCAAAUGGUAUUGGAAACUGGUUCCUGCGAGGUACAGGAAGGAGCAGGUCUUGCCCAAGACAGUGCCGUGGAUCCCCCCAGUGGACAACCUGCUGAAGGACAGCACAGAUGGCUGCGCCCUGGCUGCACUGCUGCACUUCUACUGUCCAGAUAUCGUCAAAUUGGAAGACAUCUGCCUGAAGGAGACCAUGUCCCUGGCGGACAGCCUCUACAACCUCCAGCUCGUCCAGGAGUUCUGCAAGGAGAACCUGAAUAGCUGCUGCCACUUCAGCCUGGAGGACAUGCUCUAUGCCUCAUCAUCCUUCAAAAAUAACUACUUAGUGUUUAUGGCAGAGCUGUUCCGGUGGUUUGAAGUGGUGAAGCCAUCUUUCGUACAACCACGAGUUUUGGAUGCUGAAGAGCCAGCUCCGUCAUUGAAGAAGUUGCCCUCCAUGCCCAUCUCUAAUGCCACCAAGAGAAGCUUCAUGGAGAAACCUCCCAGCCCGGACAGGCCCAGUCUGCCUCUCAGACCUCAGCCAAGAACAUCAAAUUCAGGCGAGAUAAAGCGCUCCACCUCCAUGUCCUUUGUGGAUGGAUGCCUUGGGACCUGGCCUAAAGAGAAAAGGGCGGCGGUACAUGGGGUUUCUUUUGACAUCCCCUUCGAUAAAGAUGAGAUGCCUUCGGUGCCCAGCAGAGGCAUGACCAGAUCAGCCAGCAGCGAGGGACUGGGCUUCAAGGUCCACCAGAUGCCCCGGGGCAUGAAGAGGAACCUCUCCUUUCAGCCCGUCAACGGUACAAGUAUGGGCAUCGAGGAGGAGGGCUGUCCAGACAGCCUGGCUGGCAUGGAACCUGACAGGAGACAGAGGGCCCCACAUCCCAGAAUGCAUCUUUCUUCCUCUAAUGGACUUUCAUCAGAUGGCCAUGGGAAUGGCAUGGCCACUCCAAGCAUAGAGGAAGCUCUGGAGAUCAUCCACAACUCCCAGAAACAGCAGCAGCGUGGCCCCCAGGCCGAAGGCACCAACCAGGGCUUCUUCCUCCACCUCCAGAGCCGGGUCGACCUGGACUCUAAAGCUGUGGCAGAAGAGGGCGACCUAGAAUCUGUUUCGUCCAAGGGUGCCGCAAGCACCGACACCACCGAGGUGGACACUGGCAUCCACGUCCGGACAGAAGACAUUCAGGAGACCCUGGACGAGGACUCCUCCCUGAAGGACUACACCGUCAGCAUGGACCUGGAGAUGGACCAGGACUACGAGAUGCGUGCCAGCCAAAGCCAGGGCUCCACCAGCCCGUGCCCCAGCAACCUCAGUGGGAAAUCCCCUGGCAGUGGCGGGACUCCCUCAUGCCUCGCCUCCAGCUUGAAGAUGACCAGCUUCGCCGAGCAAAAAUUCCGCAAGAUCUGUCAGCCUGAGGGCAAGGUUGGGGGAAGCUUGGAAUCUCCAAUUAAUGCCCCUGAUGGAUCGGAUGUCACUAUCCCCCACUCUGUUUCCUGGGCCCCCACGCCCGAGGAGAGCCCUGUCCACAAACUGGCCCCUCGAGACCCCGCUCAGGCCAUGGCAGCAGAGAUGGUGCAGCUGCGCAUGCGUUUGGAGGAGAAGAGGCGCGCCAUCGAGGCCCAGAAGAAGAAGGUGGAGGCCGCUUUCACCCGCCACCGGCAGAAGGUGGGCCGCAGCGCGUUCCUCAGCAUGGUGCGGCGGAAGGGCGACGAGACGCCCUCGCCAAUGAGGGAGGAAGCCGAGGACGGCAAGGCAGCCGUCGCGGGUGGUGGCAGCGAUGGCAUCCUCAAGGCCCAGCAGCCUCUCAAGUCUCCUGGAGGAGAGGAGGGAGUGACCGAGGCAGACCUGCUGGAGUACACACACUCCAUCGACAAGCUGAACUCCUCGCUCAACUUCCUGCAGACAGAGAUGCAGCGACUGGCCCAGCAGCAAGAGGUCAUCAUGCAGAUGCGUGAGCAGCAAUCCUGGGUCAUCGCCCAUUCUUCCCAGCAACAGGGGCGCACCAGCUCAGCAGCCCGAUCAUCCGGUUCCCCAUCGCCCGCCGACUCCCCGCGCUCUGCGCACCGCUCCCCCACCAGUAUCAAGCGCAAGUCGGCCUCCUUCCACUCCAAAACCACCAGGGCGCCCAGGCCCAACGAGCUCAAGAUCGCCCCUUUCAGUCGAGUCCUCACGGCGCCGCAGUCUGUUGAUAGCAUUCCACGCCUGCGACGUUUCUCCCCCAGCCAGCCUGAGCCCAGCUGCUUUGUCUACAUGGGCGAGAGCAGGAAGAAGCAGCGCAGAGCUAAAUCUGGAGACAAAGAGGCCCUUUCCGACUCCGAGCUUCUGUCUCCUGACGGGAUGACUGAAGGCAUCAGCAUCGGUGCCCUGGAGAUCCUGACGUUUCCCACCAAAGACGCGCAACUUAGCACCAACAAAACAACUAUCGGAGAAAGGAGCACAGAAGAAGGAGGAGAAAAGGAGCAAGUGAGCAAGACGAAGGUGGAGCGGCAAAGCUCGACAGAGUCGAGAGAGAAGCCUGGCCGUAAGAUCAAGCCUGCGGUGGAGUCAAAGGUGUCAGAGGUGUUGACUCAGACCGUCACGGAGAAGGUGAUCGUCACCCCCACAGAGGCCCCUGCUGAUUUCCUGAACCAGAGCAACAAGAACCUGAUCGAGGUCCCCCUCUCCGUGCUGAAGCCUCUCGAUGGGUCUGUGCUGGAGGAGAGCGGUGAGCAGGGAGCCAUGGCUGAGGGCCUCGAUGACGACCAGAAGACGUGCCGUGGAUUUUUCUUCAAGGAUGACCUGAAAGGGGAGACGGACAUGGCUCUGAAGAGAGCAGCACUGCUGGAAAAGAGGCUGAAAAGGGAGCGAGAGAACCAGCAGAAAAAGCAGCAGCAGGAGGUCGAACUGGAGCAGAAGAAGGGGGAGGCCAGGCUGAAAGCUGAGGAGGACCGCAUGAAGAAAGAGGAGGAGAAGGCUCGCCGGGAGUUCAUCAAGCAGGAGUACAUGCGGCGGAAGCAGCUGAAACUCAUGGAGGACAUGGACACCGUCAUAAAGCCCCGGACGCCUAGCACCAAACAGCGGAGGCCACGGCCCAAGUCCAUGCACAGGGACAUCCUGGACUCCCCCCGCACCCCCAUCAGGGCCGCAGCAGGUUCACGACCUCGUGUUUUUUCAGUCUCCAGCCUGUCUCUGGCAUCCCUUAAUCUGGGUGACGACAACGUGGCAUCGGACAAACGCACUGGCAGAAGUUAUAGUUUAGCAUCGGGCAGUCUGUACUUCUUUUUGAACUCUCCCAAAAUGAGAAAAUCCAGGCCUGACUCUGCAGAUGGCUGCCUGUCUCCCACCCGAUCCAGCAGUCGCAAUGGAGAGAAGGACUGGGAGAAUGGCUCAACCACCUCCUCUGUGGCCUCCAACACUGAGUACACUGGUCCAAAACUGUACAAAGAACCCAGUGCAAAGUCCAACAAGCAUAUCAUCCAGAAUGCUCUCUCUCACUGCUGUAUGGCCGGAAAAGUCAAUGAGGCUCAGAAGAACAAGAUUCUAGAGGAAAUGGAAAAAUCAGGGGCCACCAAUUUCCUGGUUCUAUUUCGAGACACUGGCUGCCAGUUCCGGUCUCUGUAUACGUACUGCCCUGAAGCCGAGGAGAGCACCAAGCUAGCAGGCGUAGGCCCAAAGAGCAUCUCCCCCAAAAUGAUUGAGUACUUGUACAAGUACAACUCUGACAGGAAACAGUUCAGCCAAAUACCCGCAAAGACUAUGUCCGCCAGUGUGGACGCGAUCACCAUCCAUGGCCACUUAUGGCAGACCAAGAAGCCUGGAACGCCCAAAAAAGCUGUGCCUGCCAAGUCCUAGUACAGUAUAUCUCCUGUCACAUCCUUUUUCACUCUCUUCUUCCUUUUCUUUUCAUUGAAUGUUUGCCGUCCAUUUUGCACUUCACUGUACAUACCACACAGCUCACGGUGGCACUUGCUAUACCUGUACUGUUUCUGUAAAAAAAAUAUCUCUUCUGAUUCUGUUUAAGCUUUCUUUUCUAUUUCUGCAAGGUUCCAGCAGAACAUAGAAACCGGUUUCUAAUAUGCACAACUGGAAUGUAAAACACCUUAGUUGUAAAUGAAUCACUAACGUGUUUAGAACAAGAUUGUUUGACUUUUGAGUAAUUUGAUUACAGCACGUGUGUGUACUGUAUUUAUGUUUUCUUUUUCGUAUGUGCCAAAAACAAACAACAACAAAAAAAAUGACAGAAGGGUGGAUACUGAAUUGUUUUUAUUUAGAACACUGAAGCACUGAAUGUCAUCUGUGUAAACUGUCCUUCGCAUAUCUGUAAACAUGUGUGGCCUUAUGCUUGUUUUAGUUACGUUUGUUUUUUGUUUUUUUUAUUGUGUGAGUGUACUGAAAAGAUUGUAAAGAUUAUUUGAGAUAAUUUUUGGACACUGGUGAGGCUUUUUAUUUUUUGUUUGCCAUCUCAGCAGGUCUAUCAUGACUUUUAAAAUGGAGCAGAUAUGGGACAUCCGAUGGACAUACAGAGAUGGCAAUGUCUGUGUUGUGAAUGUCAUUAUGAUGAUUUCCUAUAUUUAAUGUGUACUUUAAUAAAGGUUUUGAUUUUUGGCACUUGCUCACAGUAGGUAUGUGACUGGACAAACUGCAGUUAAAUUUGUAUUUGUUCUUAUUUCCUCUAACUGGAAAUAAUCAAAAUGAAGGUGUCAGCCAUGGUAUACCGUAGCCAUGCACAGUUCAAAAAUGUUAUCAUGUGUUACACAUAAAUUAUGAAAUGGAGAACAGAAAUUAUGAAUUCAUGCUUUAAUGAGUCAUAAUAGUGGACAUAAUUUUUUUAAGUAGAAAAACAAUGGGAUGUAAUAAUCUAACCUAAAUAGUAUUGUGUAAUUUAUUUACAUGGUUUAUUUUUUUUCCAAGUGUAAUAUGUGGCGGCUAUCUCUGAUUUCCAGUUCAUUUAUUUAUGGUUGUUUGUAGCCUACCAGAACUAUGUGCUCCUGAAAGAUUCCUGCUUUUAGGACUGUGUUUUUUUCCCGUAUAUAAGCUCAAUGAUUGAUUGAACUGAACAACCCCAGUCCUCAAGUUGCUUGCCUGUAGACCCUUACAUCAGUAAGAUAUGUCAUAAACUAAAAGGCUUACUGGUGUUUUUGUCAUUGCCCACCCUGUUAGAUGGGCAAAUCCCAUGAAAUUCUCUCAACAUUCUUCCAUCAGCCAACCUAUUUUUUUUUAACUAUUGAUUAUUUAAUUCUCAUCUAUUCAUGAAGCAGUAAGACCUAGUAGCACCCUCUGUAUUGAUUGACUGAGGGCAGAAUUUGGAUAACUUAUACGGGUAGAGGCUUGUUUUUGUGUCAUGUUCGCCUUUCUCUUCUCUUUGUACACCUUGUGUUUUCAACAGGUUCCUUGAGGUCAUCAUAUGGACAUGAUAGAUUUGAACAUUUUACUUUGCAAACAUACACACACAAACAUACCGGUACGCACACACACACUGGUGCUCUCAUGCUCAAGUAUGUUUAUGGUAUUGCCAAAAGCAAUGUUGUAUGUGUUUUGGAAAAAUGUAUACAGUAUUGAAACAAAGUUUUUUUUUAUGUUUUAGAAGGGUAUUCUUGUUGACCAGCUGUUGCAUUUGUGGUAUUUGGCUGUUUAAGGUCGAGGUGAAUGGCUGUUUCAUAGCUUGGGCACUGUGGAAUGUUGUACAGUGUGCUGUGUGGGAUACUUUUUGCCCUUCAGGACACAAUGUGGCAUCUCAUUUUAAGGAUGCCACCGAUCAGACAUUGCUGAAGUAACAUGUUUUCUUUUUUGCAUUCAAUAAAAGUAUGCAUGGCCUCAGA